UGUGCCGUGUAUAUAUUGUGCCAAAGUGGGCCGUUUAUGUAUUGUGCCGUUGGCGUUUAGUGGAUGGUUUGAGAGCUGUGGCAAAAAAGAAAAAAAAACCAAAACAAACAUGACCGCACAGACAGUGUUGAUUGUGUACGCGCACCAGAGCGCAGGAUCUUUCAAUGCGGCUGUUAAAAACGCUUCUGUGGACGCGCUGAAAAAACAGGGCUGCAACGUGCUUGUGUCUGACCUGUAUGACAUGAAAUUCAAGGCCACGGCUACAGAGGACGAUAUUGCUGGACCAGUGAAGAACCCAGAGCAUUUCUGUUAUGGAAAUGAGACCAUGUUGGCUUUGCAGGAGGGACGACUAGCUUCUGAUAUUGUAGAUGAGCACAAGAAACUAAAAGAAGCGGAUCUUGUUAUUUUUCAGUUCCCCAUGUACUGGUUCUCUGUUCCCGCCAUCAUGAAAGGCUGGAUGGACCGGGUUCUUACACGUGGUUUUGCAUAUACCUUAGAAAAGCGCUACAGUGAGGGCGUCUUCAGGGAAAAGAAAGCCAUGUUAUCCUUCACUACUGGUUCCAAUGAAACCAUGUUCAGCUCCAAUGGGAUCAAUGGAGACAUGAAUGUUACACUGUGGCCAAUUCAAAAUGGGGUCCUCAACUAUUGUGGCUUCCAGGUCCUUGCUCCCCAGAUCUUCUGGGCACCCACACUUCUCUCUCCUGAGGCUCGUGAAGGCCUGUUGCAAGGCUGGCAUACUCGUCUUGAAGGCCUCCUAAAUGAGGCACCUCUCACUUUUCCACCCGUAGAUGUUUUUGAUGAGGGGAAAGGCUUUCAGUUGAAACCUGAAGUCCGCGAGAAACAUGCUGAAUCUCCUUUUGGUCUCACUGUGGGUCACCACUUGGAGAAACCUCUUCCACCUCACAACCAGAUGAAGGCUGGGGUGUGAGACCGGGUGCAAUGUGGCCCCCCUGUGGCUAUGUCUAAUACUCCCAAGCUGAUGUUAAACAUGAAUAAAUUGUUUGUUUUGGG